GACACUAUAUUUGUACUUGAAACAUUGAUCAUUUUACAAAACCCAGAGAUAUUUCAAGAAAACUGCAGGCUGCUGGCAACACUGAUUGAAAAAAGUCAUUGAAGCAAAUGGCCAUCACUGACACAGUUUGGUAGAGCUCCCACAUCAAGAGCCCCUACAAGAUCUAAGAGCCUAUGCAUUGCAUGUCAAUAAAAUGCACCGUAGCAGAGCUCCUUAUUAUAAAACUGACAGAGUGUGCAACUUUCAAGGGACAGCCACUAUACCACCUCCAUCAAUGAAGUACUUCUACCGUGAGUCCUUUGUUGCUGAGGAGGUUCCUCUGCCUCCAAGUCCUCCACCUGAUGACGAUGUGUCGGGCAUGGGAGACGCUCAUGAGAGGAUUUUGAAAAACAUUGGGUUUCAUUCUCUGGAUGGCGAUACUGAUCCAAAGCGUCCCAACCUGUUGUCUCAUGAAGUUCCACUGCCUCCAAGUCCUCCACCUCCUGAGGAUGUGCUUCACACGGGAGACGCUCAUGAGAAGAAGUACCCAGAUUUUUCUGACAAAUGGUUUCCUUCUCUGGAUGAUAUAGGUCUUCAUUUGAUGCCCCUCAGCCUCCUGGCUCAGAUACCACUACCUCCAAGUCCUCCGCCUGCUGACGAUGUGUUGGACAUGUGGAGCACUGAUGAGAAGAUAUACCCAGAUUUAAAAAAUGUUGGGUUAGCUUCUCUGGAUGACAAUACUGAUCCGAAGUGUGCCAAUCUGUUGCCUCAUGAAGUUCUACUGCCUCCAAGCCAUACUCUUGUUGAGGAUGUGUUGGACAUGGGGAACACAGAUGAGAAGAUGUACCCAGAUUUAAAAUACAUUGUGUUUCCUUGUCUGGAUGACGAAGUGGCCUGUCUGAUGUCCCAGCCUCUCAGUGUAAUGGCUUGUGAGGUUCCACUGCCUCCAAGUCCUCCACCUGUUGACAAUGAACGUCAUGUGAGACACUUUCUUGAGAAGAAGUACCCAGAUUUUUCUGACAGAUUUUCUCUGGAUGAUAAAGGUCUUAAUUUGGUGCCUCCACCACAAAGAGCCUAUGGCUCGCAUGUCAAUAAAAUGCACCGUAGCAUAGAUCCUUAUGAUAAAACUGACAGAGUGUGCAACUUUCAAGAGACAGCCACUACACCACCUCCAUCAAUGAAGUACUUCUACCGUGAGUCCUUUGGUGCUGAGGAGGUUCCUCUGCCUCCAAGUCCUCCACCUGAUGACGAUGUGUCGGGCAUGGGAGACGCUCAUGAGAGGAUUUUGAAAAACAUUGGGUUUCGUUCUCUGGAUGGCGAUACUGAUCCAAAGCGUCCCAAACUGUUGUCUCAUGAAGUUCCACUGCCUCCAAGUCCUCCACCUCCUGAGGAUGUGUUGGACAUGUGGAGCACCAGUGAGAAGAAGUACCCAGAUUUAAAAAACAUUGUGUUUCCUUGUCUGGCUGACGACCCUAUGGAGGCUAUGCCUUACAUGGGAGACACUCAUGAGAAGAAAUACCUGGAUUUAACCAAUAUUGUGUUUCCUUGUCUGGAUGACGACCCUGAUGAUGCUCUGCUUCACAUGGGAGAUAGUCUCGAGAAGAAAUACCCAGAUUUAACAAACAUCAGGUUUCCUUGUCUGGAUGACGAAGUGGCAUGUUUAAUGUUCAAGCCUCUUCACCUGUUGCCUCAUGAGGUUCCUCUGCCUCAAGGCCCUCCUCCUGCUGAUGAUGUGUUGGACAUGGGACACACUCAUGAGAAGAAAUACCCAGAUUUAACAAAUAUCAGGUUUCCUUGUCUGGAUGACGACCCUGCUGAGGCUAUGCCUUACAUAGGAUAUAAUGAGAAGAAAUACCUAGAUUUUACAAACAUCAGGUCUCCUGGUCUGGAUGAUGAUCCUGCUGAUGCUGUGUUGGACAUGGGAGACACUCAUGAGAAGAAAUACCCUGAUUUAACAAACAUCAGUGCCUGAUUUGAUGCCCCUCAGUCAGCUCGG